GUAGAAUCCUUAAAAUGAACACAUUAAGAAAUGCACAGGAGAGAGAGACUCUUAAACUUGUGUGGAUAGUCACAGAUUUCCAAAAUAUUAUAUAUAAAGAAACAACAAACAGCAUGUUACACAGCAGUGUAGUAUAAAAUAUAAAAGAUAAUCAAAUCAAACCAGGCCUGGCAGUGCACCAUCUGUUUGUGGGUAGUCUGUCCUUCAAACGAUGUGUAUUUGUUUUUGACAGUAAUCUCAUGUGUGGAGUUUCAGAAGCUGUUCCAUAAGUAAAUCAAUCAAUUUUAUUUUAUGGCAAAUGUUCCCUGUUAAAAGGUGUUCUGUCACUGAGUUCUUGGGCCCACCCCUCUCCUCCUCCACCUUCCAUGGAUGUGGCCAUAUUGUUACAAUUGUUUCCAAUUCGAAACACGUGAUUUUGUUCUAUAUGGUCGGGAAACACAUGUACGUUUGUUGCCGUAUGUUAGAAUCUGUUUUACUAAAUCAAUGUUGAGGUCUGAGACUACGUGGCCCCGCCCACACCACUGUUCACGUGACUGACCGUCGCCCAGGUUGUGUCGAAAGCAUCCUAGUGUUAGCAGCAGCAGCUAGCUUCACACAAUAUAUACAAAGUUAGAUGUAAAUAUUUUCAUCAUGGGCGAAUCAUUAACUCGAAUCUAGUGGAGACAGAGAAGAUACGGAACCGCUCAUACAUGGUCACGCAAACAUGCUCUGAUAGCUGUCGGACGCGGCCAGUUUACACAGGGAACUAAACAUUAGCGUAAGCCGACGUUCAAACUUUGACGGGCAACAAGCUAGCUGCUAGUUUGCAAAUUUACUACUACCGCACAGCUAGCUAGGUAACCUGUCUUGUUAUUGUAGCAGUUGUGCUAACUUGCUUGCUCUGAAGGUGUUCACACACUUAAUGGUAACUUGAUAUUUUUUACCCGUCGUUCGUGUGUAACUAACGGUUACGUUAUUUCCAAAUAACGCCGGCUAAGUGAAACAUUUUAACUGACGCUCCUGUUGUGCGGUAAAUGCUAACGCUAGCCAGUGUAAGUUGCUCAUCAGCUGUUGAUAACACACACAGGAAAUAAAUAAUCAUUGUCGGUGGUUAAUUUAAUAAAGCGGACAUACAGUGCACGACUGCAAUUUGAAUAGCAACACGACUGUUUUUUUCAGUUUUCGAUUUCGGUUAAUCACUCGAGAUAAAUAAUGCGAAACAAUACAAUGUCAAAGCCGUGGGGAUUAAUGUUGGGAAAGCAGUAUUGUCUAGAAAACACUGCUGCUCGGUCAUUUCGAUAAUCCGUACACACGAUGCAGUAACCACAGUAUUUGCUUUUAUUUUAAUUGUUGAAACCUGCGGGCUCAUAUUUUGGAAAUAAGAAAACAUUUGGCUUAAACAGUCUGUAGGCAACAGUCUACUUUUCUUUGCGUUAUGUCUGGCGACACAUCCAGUAGUAGUGAUGACUCCGACGCAAAACCAAAUAAAAAGGCCUGCACCGUCAAGCAUCAUAUCACUAAUGCCAACCUCACAGGUCACACUGAGAGGGUCGGCAUGGAGAACUUUGAGCUGCUUAAAGUCUUGGGCACUGGAGCCUAUGGAAAAGUGUUUUUGGUCAGGAAGAACAGCGGUCACGAUGCGGGCCAGCUGUAUGCUAUGAAGGUGUUAAAGAAAGCAGCUAUUGUUCAAAAGGCUAAGACAACAGAACAUACUCGCACCGAGAGGCAGGUGCUUGAAAACAUCCGCCAGUCUCCCUUCCUGGUCACGCUCCACUAUGCCUUCCAGACUCAGAGUAAACUGCAUCUCAUCCUGGAUUAUGUGAGCGGUGGGGAGAUGUUCACACAUUUGUAUCAGCGGGAUCAUUUUCCUGAGGAGGCAGUGCAGAUUUAUAUUGGGGAAAUAAUUCUGGCUUUGGAGCACCUGCACAAGCUUGGGAUUGUUUACCGAGACAUCAAGUUGGAAAACAUUCUUCUCGACAGUGACGGCCAUGUGGUAUUGACAGACUUUGGACUCAGCAAAGAGUUUCUGGAAGAAGAGAAGGAAAGGACCUACUCUUUCUGUGGCACCAUAGAGUACAUGGCACCUGAAAUCAUUAGGGGAAAGACUGGGCAUGGCAAGUCAGUAGAUUGGUGGAGCCUUGGGAUUUUGAUGUUCGAGCUGCUGACAGGAGCAUCACCGUUCACCUUGGAGGGAGAGAGGAACACCCAGAGUGAAGUGUCAAAACGCAUUCUGCGCUCUGAUCCACCUUUCCCUUCCAUGAUUGGACCAACUGCUCAGGAUCUGCUGAGGAAAUUGUUGGUGAAAGAUCCCCACAGGAGACUGGGCUCCGGCCCCCGAGGGGCUGAAGACAUCAAAGCACAUUCCUUCUUCAAGGGACUGAACUGGUCUGACUUGGCAGAGAAGAAGAUGUCAAGUCCGUUCAAACCAGAGCUAAAGAGUGAACUGGAUGUGGGAAACUUUGCUGAGGAGUUUACUGGGAUGGAUCCUGUUUACUCUCCGGCGAGCACACCUCCAAGCACUGACCGUCUGUUCAAGGGCUACUCGUUCAUCGCUCCCUCCAUCCUCUUCAAUAAGAACGUUGUCAUGGGAGAUUUUGUAGAUGCCCAGAUUGGUGCUGAUCGACCAGGUUCGGCCUCAGUCCAGCACAGUGCAAUGUUACAGGAGUCACAGUUUUUUCACCACUAUGAGCUGUGUCUUCACGGGCCUCCCUUAGGUGAGGGUAGUUUCUCGGUGUGCAGGAAGUGCAAACACAAGCAAAGUGGCCAUGAGUAUGCAGUCAAGAUUGUGAGCCGCAGAAUGGAGGCAAACACUCAGAGGGAGAUUGCUGCUUUGAGACAAUGUGAAACUCACCCCAACAUUGUCAAGCUACAUGAAGUCUACACUGACCAGUACCACACAUAUUUAGUGAUGGAGCUUCUGCGCGGUGGGGAGUUGCUGGAAAGGAUCAAGCGGAAGAAGCUUUUUGGCGAGGCGGAGGCCAGUCAGCUGUUACAGAGCCUGGUCUCAGCAGUCAGCUUCAUGCACGAGGUUGGAGUCGUACACAGAGACCUCAAACCAGAGAAUGUGCUGUUCUCAGAUGAAGGGGAGGACUCUGUGCUGAAAGUAAUAGAUUUUGGAUUUGCCCGCCUGUGCCCUGCAGGCAGCGCCCCGCUGCAGACGCCCUGCUUCACGCUGCAGUACGCUGCACCUGAACUUUUUGAUAGUGCAGGAUACGACAAGUCCUGCGAUCUCUGGAGUCUCGGGGUCAUCCUGUACACCAUGCUGUCAGGCCAGGUGCCAUUUCAGAGUGAGCAGCGUGGGAUGACCUCAUCCUUUGCUGCUGACAUCAUGCAAAAGAUAAAAGAGGGCGAUUUCUCAUUGGAUGGCGAGGCCUGGAAGGGUGUGUCAGAGGAUGCUAAAGAGCUUGUUAAAGGUUUGCUAACUGUGGAUCCAGAGCAUCGUCUCAAACUAUCUGAUCUGAAAGAAAACAGCUGGCUGCAGGGCGGAGCUUCCAUGUCCACCACUCCAUUAUGCACUCCAGAUGUGCUUGAGUCCAGCGGGCCCACUGUUCGCACCUAUGUUAAUGCUACUUACAAGGCUUUCAACCGCGGCAAGAGAGAGGGCUUCUUCUUGAAAAGUGUCGACAACGCCCCCCUCGCAAAACGAAGGAAGCUAAAGAUGACGAGCACGGGCGUAGAGACCCGAUGGAGUUCCUCCUCUUCUUCCUCCUCUUCUUCCACUUCAUCUUCUGCUUCUGCAGCAGCGUCCAAAGUGCAGACAAAACAAACUGUGACCCCAAAGAAGAGCUAGCCUCAACGGCGUGGGACAAAACAGCUGGGAAAUGAAGUGGGUAUGUGUUUACAACAACUACAUGAAGUCCUCCAGUGGUGAUGGAGUAACUUUCAGAGAAAAAAACACACUGUUAGAUAUCAAAAGACUGAUUUUGGUCAUUGUUAAAUUUUCAACAGAAAACAUUUUAACACCAUGUCACAUUUUCCCCUUAAAACCAAACAUGUAUUGUCCUUACAUGGAAGGAUAAGGAGGUGGUAGAGGUCUAGUUUUACUAUUUUUACACUUAUACAGUAUUUGCUCACCAUAAUUUGGUGACACUACACACUAAAAUUUAGGAAUGACGGUUUUACCUAUCUUCACUGUGGGUAAGAAAAAUAGUGCCUGGCGAUAAUAGGGAUAAAGGGGAAAAAAGGAGCCAUAAAUGAGCAGAAGCCAUAUAUAUAUAUAUAUAUAUAUACAGUAUAUAUACAGCAAGGCAGUGAAUACAUGAAUUUGAGCCGUUUUUGAAUUGUGAAUACACACAUUUACACAAAGCAAAAAAAAACCAGUCUAUUUUGCCACACUUAUGCACACUUAUAAUGAUUGGUAGACAAUAUGGCAAAACUUACUACCCUCCUGCUUAAAAAAAUGAACUCCUGGUGUUUAGGAUAUUGGGCAAGAAUAUAUCUCAGCACUUUUGAAUUGAAUGUAAAUUUUAAGAUCAAAUGAUUUUUUUAAAAAAGCAAAUUUUCUGGAGGGAAUGAGCACAGAGGGACAUUUCUGUGUUGUGUAUAUACCUAAGAAAAUAAUACUACAGUGAACUCUAUUUGAUACUGGUUUAAAUUAUCUUUAGUCCAAAUAAAUGCACCUCCAAUACACUACCAACUCUGCAGAUCCCCCUGAACAUAGUGUGGAGCAUAUGAUUUUC